ACCACGUCUCAUCUCUUCUCAUCAAGGAAGAAGGAAAAAGAAGAAGAAGAAAAAAAAAAGAACUUCUUGGCAGCAAGCAGGCAAUCUACUACCCCCAAUCUAGUGAGUGAGAGAGAGGGGCGUCGCCGUCGAAUCGAAUCGAACCGACGACGAUGGGGUUGGACUACUACAAGGUGCUCGGCGUCGGCCGCGGCGCCACCGACGACGACCUCAAGAAGUCCUACCGCCGCCUCGCCAUGAUGCACCACCCCGACAAGAACCGCUCGCCGCACGCCGACGACUCCCUCUUCAAGCAGCUCUCCGAGGCCUACGACGUGCUCAGCGACCCGCAGAAGCGCGCCAUCUACGACCAGUACGGCGAGGACGGCCUCAAGGCCCGCGUGCCGCCGCCGCCCGCCUCCUCCUCCUCCUCCUCCGGCCACCACGGCGGCGGCCGCUUCAGCCCGAGGAGCGCCGAUGAUAUCUUCUCGGAGAUAUUCGGCGGCGCGGGGCCCCGCACCCCCGGCGCCGGCGUCCCCCACGGGUUCCCUGGGUUCGCCGGCUCCCCACGCGCAGCGGCGGCGGCAAGGGAGGCAUCGCCGCCGCAACCGCCGGCGAUCGAGCGGCAGCUGGCUUGCAGCCUGGAGGACCUCUACAGGGGCGCCACCAAGAAGAUGAAGAUCUCUAGGGAUGUCCUCGAUGCCACUGGGAAACCGACGAAUCUGGAGGAGAUCCUGACAAUCGAUAUCAUGCCGGGAUGGAAGAAGGGUACAAAGGUAACCUUUCGCGAGAAAGGCAAUCAGAAGCCUAACAUCAAACCAGCAGACCUAGUGUUUAUAAUAGAAGAGAGGUCACACCCAAGAUUCAAGCGAGACAAGGAUGACCUCAUUUACACGCAUAAGAUCUCUCUUGUGGAGGCUUUGAUCGGUUGCACAGUCCAACUGACAACUCUGGAUGGGCGUAAUUUAACCGUUCCGGUGAAGUCCGUCAUCAGUCCUACCUAUGAAGAGGUUGUUAAGGGUGAAGGGAUGCCAACAAAGGAACCAAAUAAGAAAGGGGAUCUAAGGAUCAAGUUUCAGAUCAGGUUCCCCACUAGUCUAACGUCUGACCAAAAGUCAGGGAUCCAACAUCUUCUGUCCUAAGUUUUAACUGGUUGUACAAUAUUGUGAAGCUUUGUUUAUUCCUUAGUUGAGUAGCUGGAAAUACAUUGAAGGGGCUUGAUCACAAUUGCUGAAUGUACACUCACUGCUUUUGUGCAAGUAUUAGAACAUGGCUGCUUUAAUAUUUCCCAACAUCAUUCCAAUUGAUUGCUAACUUCUGACACAGUAGCAGCAGUUCAUUC